AAACACGUGAUUGCCUGUUCUGAAGUCUCAUUGGCUGCUGCCGCCUUGGUUUGAAAUAAGCACUCCUCCGAUCAGAGGCGGAGGGAAUUUUCAAAAUUGCAGGAACAAGGACGAUACGAAAAUCACAGGAAGCAGCGAGUUACGAUGAUCAGGCAAGCGAAAGGAAGAACCCCCCGGAGGCCUAAUAAAAAGCCAUCCAGUACCCAGAAAGACCCGGUUGGGGUGUACUGUCGCGUACGACCUUUGGGUGCGGAGGGCGAGGAGUGUUGCAUCGAGGUGAUCAGCGGCACCACCAUCCAGCUGCACGCCCCCGAAGGCUUUAAAACAAACCGCAAUGGAGAGUACAAGGAGACCCAGUAUUCCUUCAAGAAAGUAUUUGGAGUGUCGAUGUCUCAGAUGGAGCUGUUUGAGCAUGUGGCCAAACCUCUUGUUGACGACCUCAUCCACGGAAAGAACGGUCUGCUCUUCACGUACGGGGUCACAGGAAGUGGGAAGACGUUCACCAUGACGGGCUCUCCGGGCCAAGGUGGACUUCUACCUCGCUCACUGGACAUGAUCUUUAACAGUAUAGGACCGUACCAGACCAAAAGAUAUGUUUUCAAGACCGAUGACAAAAAUGGCAUGGAGGUCCAGAGUGAAGUUGAUGCUUUGCUGGAGCGCCAAAAGCGGGAAAACAACCCGUCCUUUCCCAAACCAUCCUCAUCCAGACAAAAGCUCGAUCCUGAAAUUGCUGAUAUGAUAAAGUCUGAGGAGGCCUUUAAAACUGAAGGUGUGGACGAGGACAGCAGCUACAGCGUCUUCGUUUCCUACAUAGAAAUCUACAACAACUACAUCUAUGAUCUCCUGGAGGAAAAUCAGGAAGAUGCUAUCAAACCAAAGUGGAAUGGUGGAGGCACACCUGUACGCCAGAACACUGAGUUCAUACCGCCGCAAUCAAAGAUCCUCAGAGAGGACCAGAAUCACAACAUGUAUGUGUCUGGUUGCAUGGAGGUCGAAGUCAAGUCUGCCGAGGAGGCAUUCCAAGUCUUCUGGAGAGGUCAGAAGAAGAGGAAGGUCGCCAACACCUGCCUGAACCGGGAGUCCAGUCGCUCCCACAGCGUGCUCAUAGUCAAACUGGCGCAGGCCCCUCUGGACGCAGAUGGCGACAACAUUCUCCAGGAUAAAAGCCAGGUGACUGUUAGUCAGCUCUGCCUGGUGGACUUGGCAGGAAGCGAGCGCACCGGUAGGACGGGGGCAGAAGGCACACGCAUACGAGAAGCAGGUAACAUAAAUCAGUCUCUGCUCAAUCUGCGAACAUGCAUUGAGGUACUCCGGGAAAACCAGAUGUGUGGCACAAACCGGAUGGUCCCCUACAGAGACUCCAAAGUAACCCAUCUGUUCAAGAACUACUUUGACGGAGAGGGAAAAGUCCGAAUGGUUGUUUGCGUCAAUCCGAAAGCUGACGACUACGAGGAAACUGUGCUGGUGAUGCGGUUUGCAGAGAUGACCCAGGAGGUGGAAGUGGCCCGGCCAGUGGACAGGCCCAUCUGUGGCUUCACACCAGGCCGUCGCCAUAGAAACCGGGCCUUCAAAGAGGAACUGACCCGCAAGCUGGACGAGCGCGGUGGUCCGAUAGAUGGAGAUGUGCCCUUUGGUUUGAACCAAGUGGUGCACAGCCUCCCCCCUCUACCUUCCUCUGAGCUGACCGACCCCAACGAUGACAUCACCCUGCCCAGGCUGAUCGAAGCUCUGCAGAACAGACACCGGAUCAGGCAGAUGAUGAUCGACAAAUACAACAAUACAGCAAACCUGAUGAAGUCCAAGCUUCAGGAGCUGGGCAGCGUCCACAAUUCUAAAGACAAUUUAAUUCAUGAACAAAAUGGCGAGCUGGGGAAUCUGGAUAAAAUCAUCCAGAACAACAAGGUGGAGCUCGAACGCAUGGAGAAAAUAAUCAGGAUGCAAGAACACAAGAUCGACAUCCUGCAGAAAACCACUAAAAUAUACGAGGACGACAAGCGCUCCAUGAAGUACGAGCUGGAAACCAGAGACCAGAGGCUGCAGAGGGAGCUGUCCGAGAAGAAGCGCAUGGAGCAGCGCAUGCAGGGCCAGGUCACAGACACCCAGUACAAGUGGGAGAAAGAAUGUGACCGACGCGUUAACGCGAUGCAGCUGGAAAUGCAAAACAAGCUUUGGGUGAAAGACGAGAAGCUGAAGCAGCUCAAGGCCAUCGUGACUGAGAGCAAGACUCCGGGUCGCCCCGAUCCUCCACCCCGUCAGACGCAGCCUCAGCGGCCUUCCAGAGAGGAGCGACUCUCCGCCAAGAGAUCGGCCUCGCCCUCGCCCGUCCCUACGACAACGCCGGUGCGGCCGCUGCACCGUCGCUCUCACUCCGCUGGCGGCGAGAAGUGGGUCGACCACAAGCCCACGUCCAGCUUGGACUUGGGUACAGUUCUGCAGCCCGUCAUCCCCAACGCCAUCCAGGUGUCGGCAGCCAGCGGGAAGGCCCUGGCCAAGUGUGACCGCUACAUGUUGACGCACCAGGAGGUCGGCUCCGACGGUGAAAUACAGACCAAAUAUGUUAAGGGUGAGGUGAUUCAAACAAGAGGAGGAGGACAGUCCGUCCAGUUCACUGACAUCGAGACCCUGAAGCAGGAGCUCACCGCAGUCCCGAGGCGUAAAAGAAAAUCAUCCGAAGGUGCACCCGGAGAUGGAACAGGUGGUUCUUGGACUGAUGUGGAGACGAGGUGUUCUGUGGCUGUGGAGAUGAGGGCUGGAUCAAACAUGGGUCCUAGCUUUGAGCAUCAUGUAAACACCAAACGCAGAAAACCCUAAACGCAGCCGACAGCUGCUCCUGGCAUCGCUCCUCCUCCCCCUGGCUGUGUAGCCCUACUUAUAGUAUUUAAACCUUUUUCCACACUUUUUAUAUAUUCAGAAGUGUAUAUACAUAGAUCACCAAAGCUGUAAAAUAUUAUAUGCGUUGUAUUUGAAGAUAGAUCUUCUGUGAUGUAGUUACUGCGGCGCUGCUGCUGAAAAGAGUCUGUGUGCAUCAAAAGUCUGUUAUUUGGCACUUCAGGAGUCAUGAAGCGACCAAAUAGAUUUUUAUCUGCUCAAUAUUUGGUUCUCGAUGGGUGAAUUAUAUUGAGCUUUAGUUAUAUUAUAUUGAGUGAAGUUUGAUUAAUCCAUUUACAUUAAAUUCCCUACUCCAUACAGUUUGGAUGAAACCGAUAUCUCUUGCCUUUUACUGUAAGGACUAAAAUCCCACGGAGCACCAGUUUGUCCCGUGCACGCAGUAAAUACAGAGCAAAUUUGACAGUUUUGUUGCGUAACGCUCCACGGAGGGAGCGCUCGGCUCGUUUUGGGACACUAGGUGGUGAUACAGGACCGCAGUUGCACACUCUGAGCAUGUUGAAAUGCCAACUAUACGGACGUCACUGUAGAAAAACACGGGGCUUAAGAGUGCGUGAAAAGUAAUAACCGCUUUGCACGGUUUCCUGCUUUAAAACGGAUGAGCAGAACUGUGGAUGGUCCGUUAAGAAGAGACGCCCCGCCUUUUUUCAAACCACGCUUGAAAAGAGAUGAAACGUUAAAGCGCUGGGCGACGCUGUAUUACAACUGGCUAUAUUAUAUGUCAUAUAAACAAUGCAUGCUUUGGAUUACUUGGCACAAAUUGCUUUACUGUGCUCAUGCUUGAUUUAGAUAUGUAAUAUGUUAAACCAAACACCGCGUAUAUAAAUCCACAUGAGUGGUUGUCGUCCUUCUGGUAUGCCGGGUCCCACAUAUUAAAAAGACUACUUCCUGAUUUUAA